UAAAGACUUGGUGACUGCUUUGCAAGUGGGAAAACCUGCAAAAUGUGCAGUGUAUCAAAUACUUGUUCUCCCCACUGCACACUAUUUUCUUACCUAAGUGGUAAAAUGUGUUAUCUCUUUUCCAGCUGCACAAUGUUUUCCAACAUCUCUCUGCCUCCCAGCACUGCAGAGUCCUCCAAAAAUGACCACACAAAUGUGGACAUUGAAGCAAUCAUGGACAACAUCAGCACCAUCCUCCUUACACUGACCGUGAUAUUUGGGAUCACAGGGAACUCUGUGGUGAUCUGGGUUGCAGGAUUCAAGAUUAAGCUGAAGGUUACCAGUGUGUGGCUGGUGAAUUUGGCAAUAGCUGACCUCAUCUUCUGCAUCACACGAAUCUUCUCCCUAACUGGGAAGCUAUUCUUUGACCAUUGGCCCUUUGGAGUUUUCCUCUGCAAGUUCAACGGUUUCUUUAAAUACGCCAACAUGUUCUGCUCCGUCUUCCUGCUGGCUGUGAUCAGUUUGGACCGAAUGCUUUGUGUCUGGAGGCCUGUCUUUACAAAGCGACGGCGUACCUUAUGUGCAGCCAGGAUGGUGACAGUUUGCGUCUGGAUCACAGCGAUCUUCUUCAGUAGUCCCUACUUCAUCUACCGACAGGUCUACCUGGGAAAGAACAACAUGAGCAAAUGUUCUUUGGAGGUUAAGCAGAUGGAGGGAGACAACACCAUCAAAUAUGCUUUGUAUUUGAACAGGUUCCUGUGUGGCUUUGUUUUCCCCUUCAUGGUCAUUCUUAUCUGUUACAUCAUGGCUGGCAUUGGCAUCCGACGCACACGCCUUUCAGGAAAGUCACGCCCCCUGCGUAUACUGGCAUCACUGGUCAUUGCAUUCUUCUUGUGCUGGGGUCCUUACCAUUGCCUGCUCCUCUUGAAGAUGGUGGAUAAAAAGAAUGCAGUGUUGAAAAUCUGGCAGCCUUUGGCGAAUGGUUUUGCCUAUUUUAACAGCUGUGUGAACCCACUGUUGUACUUCUGCAUGGGGCUGGAUGUGAGAGGCCAAUUCAGACAGAAUCUGAUGGGCAUUUACAAAAAAGGGCUGGCUGAUGAUGUUGAAGGACAGGCGAUCCAAUUAGCUGAUUGCCCUCUGGAUAAAAGUAGUGCAUCAAAGUAAAGCUCUUCUGUGGUAGGAGAAUGAACUCAUGUUAAAGUCCCUUCUGUUAGUCGCUAAUCUUUGUCCUCCUGAAUAUGAUGCAUACCAUAUGCAUCAUACGCACAGAAUGCAAAAUCAUGUUGUGAGACUAUAUUUUGGGCAUGGAAUAAUGUCAUAUAACUUAGAAAGAUAUAAUACAUGUGGAAUGUUGCUUAAAACUUUAACACAUUAAAUGUGCAGAUUGAUUGAAAAAACAACACAUUCUCACUAUCUGAAUCCAACCUACUGUAUUCCUAUGCAAACAAUACAGUUUGAUUUUCAGGAUCAUUUUCUACAUAAUUGACUUCAAUUGUCUGCAGAAAAAUACACUAUAAUGCCCAAAGUAUUUGUCUGUCUACUUUUACAUGUACAAGAAUUUGAUGACAUCAUAUUCUUAAUUUAUAAGGUCCAAUUUGUUGAUGGAGCCACCAUUGCCAGCAAUAUUAACUUUAAUUAUUAAUUAUUCUGUCAACAUCUUUCUCAAGGUUUAUGAGUGUGUUCAUAGUUAAAUGUGAAAUCCAGAAUUUACCUUUUUUAUUUUUGCAUGCUGGGCGGUGACUGCAGUUUUUACAGCCCCUGCAGCGGGCUUUGUUUCUCUGGUUCCUCAUGAGACACUGCUCAUAUAGACCAUGGAGUAGAUGGUGAGCAGGAGGUAGGCACUGGGAAUGCAGGCAAUGUAAAGAAAGCCAUAGAACACUAAAAGAAGUUCCUGGGGGUGCAUCAGUGCAGUGACAAUGUAAAGGAUGGAGAUGGCCAAAACGAAAAUGCUGCUGGGAGUCAGAAUAGUUUUUUCCUUCACCAAUGAGGCUGUCAAAAAGAAAAACCCAAAAAAAACUGGUAUUUAAAACAAAGCAACUGAAUUUAAACAUAUUAUAUGGUUAUAAAAUGUAUAUUUACCAAUAAUGGAUAUUGUCACCACCAACAUGAGGAUUGCUGCAAUAGGGAUCUGAGCGUCUGGUUUGAGUUUAAAGCAAAGUCCCAAGUAGGUGGCAGGAGGUAUCACAGCUAUGACCAGAGCAGCAGCAGAAGGUAUGUUCAAAAUGAAGUACAAACUACCUGUAGGACAAAGCAGGCCAAGUCAUUUUUAAUUGCUCUCUACUUUAAACUGAGCAACUCAUUUGAAUUUGUUUUUUUUGUUUUUUUUGUUCAUUUUUACGCUCACAGACACACAUAGUCAUACUGACCUGCAACCAUGAGGCAGAUGGUGGCUGGAGCAAGAAUGGCAGAGAUCAUGGCAAACAGCUGGUAGAACAUAAACAGUUUGGACAUAGACAAGUUCCUUUUGGAAAUAAUGUUAGUUGAGCCCAGUAGAUCCACCACAAUAAUCAGCAUGUAUGUCACAUGAUUUAUUCGUGAUUUAUUAUUCAUUUAUUCAAAAAGCUACUGCUUUGCUUACCUGGUUAUAAAGCUCUUUGAAGUCUUCUGGUGUGUUGGUGUAGGCAUCAGAUGCUGCAUUGUAUUCCACUCUCCAACCUGCAAAGUGCACAGCCAGCGGUCCUCGCCUGCAAUAAAAACAAAACUCAUUUAGGAAAAUUUAUCACCAAAACCGAAAUUAAAAUCAAUCUAAAAGAAAGAUUAGGUAUUAACCUCGAGAGAAGCUGAGAAACCUUACCUGGAAAAAAAUUGUACUAAAUAACAAGAGGAAGUUGCUUAAAACAACAAUAACAUACAGACAAAAAUAGAAGUAGGGCUGCUAGGUGUGUAAAGAAAGUUGAUUGUGGAAACAGUGUACAUUCUGGCUCAAUGCAAAUGUUAUGUACCUGGGGCCCCUAUCUAACAGUUCACUGACAUAAGUCUUAACUAAAACAGGGGCUUUACUAAAGGAUAAAAAACUUAAUUAAACAGUUUCCUUGCAGUUAAUUAGGAAAAAUUCCAUUCCUACCUGUCAGUAAUCCGAUAUGUGCAGUUUUGGACAUGUCCAGGAAGCACAGAGUCCGUGUAGCAUCCAAAACCAGCUUGAGAAACACAUUACCAAUCAUGCUGUGAUUUCUUUCAUUUACAUCAGCUGUACAGUAACUUGUAAAGUUUACAGUUGUGUUCAAGUUUAAUUUGUAGUCUUGGUAGUACACAAUGACAGGAACAAUGAACAAUGCUAUCACAGCCAGGGAACACAGGUACAAAAGGAGUAUGAAGCAUCGUCGUAUAGCAUGCAUCUUGCAGGCUGCCAAUGCAAACCAAUGGCAGAGUGCUGAGGAGAUCAGCUGGACCCCGGUGAUGAUGACUACAAUUUUUGUUUCCCGGCUUGGGAUGGAGGUCAUAAUGUUCCAAUCCAUUUUAGCCAGAGGGACAUAGGCACCAAGCACGCAGGCGGUUACCACAAUCCUGAGUAAGCUGGACAAGAUGUGCAGCAUACACUUGGUCAAGUCUUCAAACAGAUUUUUGAGGAAGUUGGACUUGCUUUUCACAGAGAUGACCCUAAAGUAAUUCUCCCACCAGUUAAGAGACCAACAUGGACCCACCAAUGGCAAGACCCACCCAAAUCGCUGUCUUCACAUCUGUAGGGUCUUUCAUAAUGUAUAGAACAAUGAAAAGACCGUAUCCAAUAAAUAUAACAAGAAAGGCGAUAAUAGAAGGCAGUAGAAAUACGUUUGUCUUUUUGACAGUGCACUGAGCGACUGCUUGGAGGAGGGCAGAGAGGACAGCUACACCAUUUAGGAUCAUCACACUGGUCAUAAUGUCCAAGUGUGGCAUUCCAACAAUGGUCAGCACUGCCAACCCCACAGAAACUAUAAACUCAAAGAACAAAACCUAAAGAAGAAAGAAAGGAGAGAUAAAUUCAACUAAAUACCACAAAAACAAAACAGCAUGUCAUUGUUUUUGGCAUCAUUUAGAGAUAACAUAUAAUAGCUUUUCUCUUACAAAGGCUGAAGAUGCUUUUCUAGGCAACUUCGAUGAUUUAAAAUAUGCUUUCCAGAUGCUUUUGAACAGCAGAAGGAUAUUAGGUGCAGUGAGAGAGCAGCCAAUACACAGCAGUAUGAGGUGUUUCUGCUUUGCUUGGAGGGUCUUUGUACCUUCGUGGGACAAGGUGGUGAGGAGAGGAAAAGAAGCCUGGAAAAUUAAAGAAGUCCUGUAAAUUUACUGGUUUGGCAACUGACUGUUGGUAAUUUGUAUUUGCCACUUCAGAACUAAAUUAAGCAAUAAAAAUAUAUACUGUGUUACAUUUUACCAUAA